AUGGAGGAACCCCGUUCAGCCGCACUCCAGCCCCCAAAUCCGCCAGCAGAACCCACACCCACGAUGGUUCCGAUCGGCACCCACAGCCUCAGUGCCUUUAUGUCCGGCCCAGUCGUCUCUUCUCCCUCGGACCCGAGUGCUGCUGUUGCUGAUCCCCUCGUCGUGAUCAUCCCCGGUGCUGGCGAUGUAGCCUCAUCCUAUGUUGCUGUCGAGCGACUCCUGCGCCCGUGGACGCGCACGCUGUUGUACGAUCGCUCUGGCCUCGGUCGCAGCGAGAAGGGCCCUGACCUGCGGGACCCUGUUGACAAUGAUCAAGGACGUCAGCUUCACCCGGGGAAGAAUUCGGACCCUGACCCUGACCCACCGACACAGCCUGGUUCAUCUCCGAAUCCUAAUCCGAAUCCCCAUUCUCCCACCACCCCCGCUCGAAGCGUGCAGGCCGCGGGGCAGCUUCACCUCCUCUUGCAGAAACUAGGUCUCCAUAACAAUCCCCUAAUCCUAGUCGCGCAUUCAUACGGCGGUAUCGUCGCGCGCGAGUUCCUACACUUAUUCCCAAAUGCUGUCGCCGGGAUGGUCGUCUGUGACGCGGCGACCGAGCGCGCGAGUGACUUCUUCACUGUACCUGAUUUGAAUAUCGCUGCUGUACUUGGGGAUCUGAACUACGCGCGUGUUACGGGGUUGAGAGGGGAGACGGUGCUGAGUGAUGACGAGUGGAGAGCUCGAGCGAAGGAUAUCUUUGCGGGGGCUGAGGCUGCGCAGGCUGAAGCGGCGUCGUUUGUAGAGGUCUGUGAGACCCUUAGGGAUAAGCAGCAGUUUAGGAAUAGGGCAUUGGGAGAGAGACCGCUCAGUGUGAUCCGGGCGAAUUGUCCUAGAGAUUAUGAGCGGAUCUAUGAGGAGGGCGUGCGGGCUGGGAAUGGGACGGCGGAGCAGAGAGCUGCGUUUCGGGCGUUGCUGGAUCGGUGGGAUGGGAUUGAUUGUGAGUUACAAGAAGAGCAGCUUGGGCUUUCGUCUACGACGAGGUUUGUGAGGCUGCGGGACUGUGGGCAUAAUGUGCAUCUUGUGCGGCCGGAUGUCAUUGUAGAGGAGGUAAAGUGGGUGAGGGAUAUCAUUCUGCGAGCUGGAAGUAUCUAG